ACGGAAAGAAUAAAAAAGAAAAGUUUAGAAAAUGUAAAAAUCCUUUAAAUAGUGAUAGGUGUUGAAAAAGUUAUUUAUCUACGAAAUCAAAAUGAAUACUUUCGCAAUACCUAAAUUUGGGGCUCAAUUGGGUAAUGGGUCCGUUUUGGAUAAAGUUACUCCCGAUAUGGCUCACAUAGUAAAUACCUAUUGGGGUCGUUUCCCACCCAUGGAUACUAAAAUGAAUCAAAUGUUGGGUGUUUUCACUUUUGUUAUCAUGAUUAUAUCCUUGUGCGGCAAUGGGAUGGUGGUUUUAAUAUUCGGUACUACAAAAUCGUUGCGUACGCCGGCUAAUCUUUUGGUUUUAAAUUUGGCUUUUUCCGAUUUCUGUAUGAUGGCUUCCCAAUCCCCAAUAAUGAUUAUUAAUUUUUAUUUUGAAACGUGGAUAUUGGGUCCAUUAUGGUGUGACAUUUACGCAAUUUGCGGUUCUAUGUUUGGCUUCAUAUCUAUAUGGUCGAUGUGUAUGAUUGCAUUAGAUCGUUACAAUGUCAUUGUUAAAGGGAUGUCCGGUCGACCUAUGACUGUAAGCUUGGCACUAAUGAAAAUCGCCAUAAUUUGGUUGUUUGCAACAUUUUGGACUUUAAUGCCUAUGAUCGGGUGGAGUCGCUAUGUACCCGAAGGUAAUUUAACUGCCUGCUCAAUCGAUUACAUGACACGUGAUUGGAAUCCACGUUCUUACUUAAUCACUUAUUCAUUAUGCGUUUAUUAUACACCAUUGUUCCUCAUUUGUUAUUCGUAUUGGUUUAUUAUUGCGGCCGUUGCCGCCCAUGAGAAGGCAAUGCGCGAGCAGGCUAAAAAAAUGAAUGUAAAAUCUCUUCGGUCGUCGGAAGAUUGUGAGAAAAGUGCCGAGGCUAAGUUAGCGAAAGUGGCAUUGACCACAAUUUCAUUAUGGUUUAUGGCGUGGACACCAUAUUUAAUUAUUUGUUAUUUUGGCUUAUUUAAAAUUGAAGGCCUUACGCCUACGGCGACCAUAUGGGGGGCGACUUUUGCUAAAACCAGUGCUGUAUAUAAUCCUAUUGUAUAUGGUAUCAGUCAUCCGAAAUAUCGGUUAGUUUUGAAAGAAAAGUACCCCUGUUUGGUUUGCGGAUCAACAGAUGAACAAAAACCCACAAAUAGUGACAAUCAAACUGUUUCGGAUGCCGAGACAGCUACUUAAUUAAAAUUGUUAUCGAUUUUUGUUUUAAAUUAAGAGCAAUGUACCAAAAAAAAAAA